AUGUCGACGAAGCCUGUUCCUGACAUGGUGGAAGAUGUGCUCCAAAGGCACCACGCAGAGCUGUUGUCGCAGAUGCAAGAAUGGCUGGACAACUUAGAUUCGAAACUGCGGAAGUAUGGGCAGUCCGACUCUCGGCUUCUUCCACAUCCCUUUUACGGACCGGCAGUAACCCAGGUUCCGGACAUUGACUUCGCAUGGCAGAAAAGCAAGGAGACGGUAACAGAUGAGGAGGGUGUUUCCAAGGCAGAUCCUGAAGCUUCGGUUCGGGAAGAGUGCAGCGACGAGGGUAACCAUCAACGUGUUGUUCCCACGUUGAGGAAACCCUUAUCACGAAGUGAAAGCUACGAGACUGCCAAAAUGCAAGCCACGUAUGUUGAGUCCUGGAAGAACCUCAUAUCCGAUUCGCUGGAUCUUGACAAGACUGGGCUCGGACCACUCCGCAAAAAAGUCUCUACAUGGGCUUACAGAGCAGCGAAUUCCACGACCUUCAACGUGUUCUUUGCUAUUGUGAUUCUGACUAAUUCCGUCUAUCUUGGUGCACAAGUGGAACUUACAGCCAACUCGGGAACAAUGUUUGUGCAUCCAAUCUGGUUCAUCAUUCAUCUUGUUUACGUGGGGCUCUUCUCCAUAGAGAUCAUGAUCCGAAUCCUGGCGGUUGGACCAAUUUCCUAUGUGUGUGCAAGCGGUUGGGCCUGGCACUGGCUGGAUAUUGUUGCCGUUAUGUCCUCGUGGGUCGAAUUGGUCGUGGACCUCCUCGAUAAUUCUGGGAAGUAUUCUGCAGCUGCCAGCAACUUCCGAAUCAUGCGAAUCUUUCGCAUAACUCGAUUGGUGAAGGUGGUGCGUUCUCUCAGUCUGGUGAGAUUCAUUGGCGCGCUACGGACACUUGUUUACUCGAUAGCAGAUACUACGAAAUCGCUGGUGUGGGCUUUGCUGCUGUUACUCCUGAUCCAGUAUACGUUUGGGAUACUGUUCACUGACGCCGCCCUCGAUCACGUUCACUCUCCGGAUGCUGUCGUGGAUGCAGAAAAGAUGAGGAAAUACUUCGGGAAUGUGUGGACUUCAACGGAGACGCUGUUCCGCUCACUUCUAGGUGGCAUAGAUUGGGGCGAGGCGGCUGAUGCACUGAUGCCUUUGGGGGAGUUCUGGGUGCGACUGUUCGAUUGGUACAUAGCUUUCUGCAGCUUUGCGGUCUUAAAUGUAAUGACUGGCACUUUCUGCCACAGCGCGAUAAAAGCGGCAGAGCAUGAUCACCAAACGAUUAUGCAGAAUCGAAAGAGGUUCAAGAGUCUGCUCUCAGACAUAUUCAGCAAAAUGGAUGCCACUGGUGACGGAAAGAUCACCAUUUCCGAUUUCGAGAAGAUGUUCGAAGACGAGGACAUGCGGGCAUUUUUCGAGACCAUCGAAAUAGAUGCUGUGGAUGCCUGGACACUAUUCGCGAGCCUUGAUGUAGAUGGCGACUAUAUUGUCAGCUUGGAAGAAUUUACGGAGCGAUGUAUGCAGCUACAUGGUCCAGCACGGUCUGUGGAUUUGUACGCGAUGAAGCAACAGAACUUGAGGGUGAAGCAAGACUUGCAAGAACUCAUGGACUCCCAGAAGCAGACGAACGAGAGCUUGAAUUACCUUUUGCAUGUUGUUACCCCUCUGACGCCGUUGCCGUUUGUCUCGGGUAGCCAAACCAAAACAUCGUUCCAGGUGUAA